AUGGAUCCGUUUUCCCGCAGCAGCCGCGUGCGCCCGGCGCCGUUGCUUCGCGCGGCGGUGGUGCUGCAGGCGGCAGUGGCGCUCAUCGGCGCGCUUAUGGUCUUCCCCGUGCUCUCCGACGCCGCCUCCGUCGUCGACGUCUACAGAAUGAUCCAGUACGAUCUGGGCGGCGCGCCGUUCGGGUCGCGCAAGGCGUCGUUCAGCCUGUACGCGUCGUCGGGGCUGGCCACGUCAGCAGCAUCGGAGGCGGAUCUGAUGCGCGCCGUGAUCGUGAUGCCGAUCCAACGGAUCAACUUCACUCUCCUCGAUGAGGUGGUGGCGGGAUCCCGCAAAGUGGGAGGGCUGCUCUUCAUCCUGCCACGUCACUUCAGCUCCUCGCUGCCAGAUGGCGGUCAGGGAGAGGACGACGAUGCGGACGAUGACGCCAGCAAGGCCGGGGCAGGAGAGGGCGCGGAGGAGGUGAAGGAGCACCUGGAGGUGGUGGCGCGGCUAGAGGAGCGGCUAUUGGAGGCCAACAUACCGGUGCCUGUGUAUUUCGCUGUUGACAAUGCUGAGCUGUCAAAGCUGGCGGCUGACGUGGAGAGCAACGACAGGGCGGGCAAGCCAGCAUCGGCCACCAAUGGCGGCUUCAAGCUAGUGGUGACAGCGGGCGAGCCCCGCAAGCUGCCAGCCUCCUCGCCCCUACCGGCCAUGGAGGCAUGGCUGUACGGCGACGCGCAGGCGCAGGGGCAGGGGCAGGCGCAGGGCGGGAGGAGGGAGGCGCUGCCCAUAGUGGCCGUGGUGGCACCACUUGACACCUUCGGCCUCGUGCCUUCGCUCGCGUCCGGCCCUGCCAGCAGUGCCAGCGGGGUAGCGGCGGUGCUGCAGCUGCUGCGCCUCUUCUCACGCCUGUUUGCGCUGCUGCCCUCCGCGCGUCCGCCCUUCCACCUGCUCUUCCUGCUCUCCUCCGGGGCACCCUUUAACUUCGACGGCACUCGCCAGUGGCUGGCCUCGUUGGACCAGAGUGUGCAGGACCGCCUCGAGUUCGCCAUCUGUCUGCGCGCCAUUGGUGCAGCGCCAGGGGCCGGGGAGGGGGGCAGUGGGCUGCACCUGCACGCAUCGCGGCCUCUCAAGGACCCCACCAUCCGCGCACUCUUCCACGGCCUGUCCUCCGCUGCAGCAGCCGCGGACCCCCCAACCUCCAUCGCCCUGGUGCACAAGAAGGUGAACAUCUCGGACGCGCGCGUGCCGUGGCAGCACGAGCUCUUCUCGCGCCGCAAGCUCGUGGCCGCCUCGCUCUCCGCCCUGCCCUCUGCUCCGCGCUUCCUGCGCCACUGGGGCGGACUGGCUGACACCAGGGAAUCAGUGGACGAGCACCAGUUGCUGGCUGCCACGCGCCUCAUUGCUGAAACCAUUGCGAGCCACAUAUUCAACAGCACCAGCACCAGCACCGCCAGUGCCAACCCGUCUGAGGGAGCAGCGGCAGCCGCUUCCCCCAUCGCCUUCUUCCCACCCAACUCCUCACUCGCUCCCAGCCUCCCCUACCUCUCUCACUGGCUCUCCCUCCUCUCCCGCGCGCCACGUGUCGCCCCGCUAUUGGCCAAGGACGACCCAAUAAUUGCCGCCAUCCAAGCGGAGAUGGCAUUGCAUGCGGACAAGGUGGAGGUGAGGAAAGCAGCGUUGGACCCGCACUACACGCUCUACUCCACGCCGCAUGCUCACAUGCACGUCUACCAGGUGGCCAGCAUCACCUUCGAUUUAGUCACGUUCCUUGCAGUGGCCAUCUACCUCUCCUCCCUCUUCGUCAUCCUCCAUACAGCCACCAAGGGCUUUGAUGACCUGGUGGCGCUCUUUAAGGGCAAGCCCGCCUACCGCAAGGCAAAGCCUUCGUGA